GUUGAUCCCAUGAAUGAAACGUAAAAGAUGUACUUCAGUCUGUUCUCCUUAGUUAUAAUGUGGAUAUUAUAUUCUACACAUGCUGAAAUACCACUUAUUGAGUCUUGUCACCAUCACAGGGUAAUGGUUAAAUGCAAGCCACCUUGCCCCAAAAUGUGCUCGAAUUACUAUUAUACUCGCAAAUGUAUCGCGAAGAAAUGUGAACGUGGAUGCGCCUGUAAAAAGGGUUGGUUGCUAACUAAGAAUGUCCAGGGCUAUUGUAUUCCGCGAGCAUCUUGCAAACGACAUAUCAUAGAGUAA